GCAAAAGGGUUUAAGAAAAACGGUCUUCAAAACGGUUGUUGAAUUGCUGAGUUUGCAUGGGGCAGGAAUAGAGCCAUGCAUUUUUCUAUUCCAGAGACAGAAAAUCUUCAGGAUAAGGAUGGAAGUUACUAUCAGGGAUAUCAUAUUCACAUCAAUGGAAACCAUCAUUGCACACUCCGUUAUAAGCAACUAAGGCACCUACAUGACCAAUUGAAGAAACUAUUUAGUCAUGAUACUUUACCAGAAUUUCCUUCCAAGAAACUUCUUCCUUUGACAACACCUCAACUUGAGGAACGCAGGCUUUAUCUUGAAAAAUAUUUACAAUCAAUUGCUCUUGACCAUAGAAUCAGCAAUAGUACUUUCUUUCAUGCUUUUCUGCGCAUGGCUCAAAAUGAAACUCAUUUGUCCAGUGAUGACCAAAAGAAUGUUCAUAUUAGGAUUACUUUACCUGGAGAAGAAGUAAUAUCCAUUCCAGUCACUCCAAUCCAAGAGACUGCUUCAGUUAUAAAGAGAGUUGCUCAACAUAUUGGGCUUCCAGAAGAGUUGGCGGAUUACUUUGCCCUUUUCGUUCAAGAUGCUAAUGAGUUUAAUCAAUAUUGUUUGGUUAGAAGAUUGCUAAAUUAUGAAUCGCCAUUCUUAGCUGUGAAACUGUCUGGCGAGAGCGCAAGUCUCGUUAUCAGGAAAAGUUAUUGGGAUACUACAUACGACGAUGAGCUUUUAAAAGACCCUGUUGGAACUAAAUUGGUGUACAAUCAAUUUCGAGACGACUAUAAAAGAUAUUGGAUACAACCAAAUGAACAGCAACUAAUACCCCUGAAAAGAUUGUUAGAACAAGAAAAGCAGCACGACGUAAUGAAACUUGCACGACAAAUGCGGUUUUACGGAAGCGUAAAUUUCUUACCCUGUUUAACGGACUUUCCUACCCCGCGCUCUACCGUAUCUAUUCAUGCGCUUAACAAGGAACUGGUUUUUCGCUACCCAGAUUUGUCAGAGAGGUUGUUUCGGGUAACGCGUAUGCGUACUUGGAGAAUUACUACAAUUGUCCAGGAACAUAGUCUCGAUCACCCUAAACUAGAAUUGUCGUUUGAAUACCUUUUAUCUAAAGAUCGAUUACAGUGGAUCACAGUAGAAAGCACUCAAGUCAUUUUUCUUUCUUUAUGCCUGCAAAGCAUGGUUGAAGAGCUGAUGCGAAAGCAACAGGAAGCUGGUAGUUGCAGCACAUUUCCUAAGCUGACGGAUGAAGUGAUUCAAAAGCUAACAUUCCUAGGGAAAAAUGGAACUUUACUUUGUAUUUCUGAGUCAACUGGGAAACCUAGAAUUUCUAAGGAUCCAAUAAAGAAUCCACUUGGACUAAAAGAAAGUAUCCGUGUUCGCUUUCGAAAUGGAAGAAAUCAUUCGUUUGAAGAAGCGCGAAUUGAGAAUCACGCCUUUGAAGAUAUUCGUGACGAAGAUUUGUGACAGGAGAGAAUGCAAAUCCUAAAUAAUAGGUUCCCUUUCCAUUUCUGGUUACAGGAUUUCUUGUUUUGGGUGAAGCUGUAACUUCAUGCCACUUUUGGAGCAAAACUGACUAUCCUUGAAAUUCUGUGGUUAACUGUCUCUUAAUUGUUAAUAUGACUAUCCUGAUAUAUUACUGACUUUUUUAAUUAAGUGUUUUCUUAAUUAAAUCGUUGUAUGUGCUUGACUGUGUCACAAGACAGAGGUGAACAAAACAGUGAUCUAUAACCAUUUUCAAUCUGUUUGGCUCAGUAUCAAAGAUGUUAAAUUCGACCAAGAGGUUUAUAUUCUGUCUCUUACUGUAAUCCCAGAGCUUUUAAAAAUACACAAUACUGUGUAAAACA